AUGGUUGCUAGGAAAGUGAAGAUAGAUCCCAUUUGGACCCCAUCCUCAAAGAUCUUACAGUUCAACCAGGGGAAUAAGACAGGGUCCCUGGAGCACUGGACAGCCCUGAGUUCCGGGAUGGAACCUGAGACAGCGCUCUGGGGCCCAGAUCUGCAGGAUCCUGAACAGAGCCCCGACGAUGCUCACCCAGGUGCAGAGAGUGGGAAUGAAGAGGAGAGCGCUCAGCAGGAAAGUUCUGGGGAGGAGGUCAUCUUGGGAGAUCCAGAUCAGAGCCCAGAAUUCAAGGACCCAUCAGAGGUGCCCCUGGAGACACCCUCUCAGGAUGCCUCUGGCCCCCAGGAUGCCCCGGCCCCGCUGGGUCACCCCAGCCCCUCGGACCACCAGACCCCUCUGGACACCCCCACCCCCAACGUAGUCCCGACCCCGUCAGACUGGACCAAGGCCUGUGAGGCCAGUUGGCAGUGGGGGACUCUGACCACCUGGAACAGCCCCCCGGUGGUCCCGGCCAACGAGCCCAGCCUGCGGGAGCUGGUGCAAGGCCGCCCGGCCGGCGCCGAGAAGCCCUACAUUUGCAACGAGUGCGGCAAGAGCUUCAGCCAGUGGUCCAAGCUGCUCCGGCACCAGCGCAUCCACACGGGCGAGCGGCCCAACACCUGCUCCGAGUGCGGGAAGAGCUUCACGCAGAGCUCCCACCUGGUGCAGCACCAGCGCACGCACACGGGCGAGAAGCCCUACAAGUGUCCCGACUGCGGCAAGUGCUUCAGCUGGAGCUCCAACCUGGUGCAGCACCAGCGCACGCACACGGGCGAGAAGCCCUACAAGUGUACGGAGUGUGAAAAGGCCUUCACCCAGAGCACCAACCUCAUCAAGCACCAGCGCUCGCACACGGGCGAGAAGCCCUACAAGUGUGGCGAGUGCCGGCGGGCCUUCUACCGCAGCUCGGACCUCAUCCAGCACCAGGCCACCCACACGGGCGAGAAGCCCUACAAGUGCCCCGAGUGCGGCAAGCGCUUCGGCCAGAACCACAACCUCCUCAAGCACCAGAAGAUCCACGCCGGCGAGAAGCCCUACCGCUGCACGGAGUGCGGCAAGAGCUUCAUCCAGAGCUCGGAGCUCACCCAGCACCAGCGCACGCACACGGGUGAGAAGCCCUACGAAUGCCUGGAGUGCGGCAAGAGCUUCGGCCACAGCUCCACGCUCAUCAAGCACCAGCGGACUCACCUGCGCGAGGACCCCUUCAAGUGCCCGGUGUGCGGCAAGACCUUCACUCUGAGCGCCACGCUGCUGCGGCACCAACGCACGCACACGGGCGAGCGGCCCUACAAGUGCCCGGAGUGCGGCAAGAGCUUCAGCGUCAGCUCCAACCUCAUCAACCACCAGCGCAUCCACCGCGGCGAGCGGCCCUACAUCUGUGCCGACUGUGGCAAGAGCUUCAUCAUGAGCUCCACCCUCAUCCGCCACCAGCGCAUCCACACGGGCGAGAAGCCCUACAAGUGCUCCGACUGCGGCAAGAGCUUCAUCCGCAGCUCACACCUGAUCCAGCACCGGCGCACGCACACGGGCGAGAAGCCCUACAAGUGCCCCGAGUGCGGCAAGAGCUUCAGCCAGAGCUCCAACCUCAUCACGCACGUGCGCACGCACAUGGAUGAGAACCUCUUCGUGUGCUCCGACUGCGGGAAGGCCUUCUUGGAGGCGCACGAGCUGGAGCAGCAUCGGGUGAUCCACGAGAGGGGCAAGACCCCGGCCCGAAGAGCUCAGGGCGACGGCCUCCUGGGGCUCGGGGACCCUGCCCUGCUGACCCCACCCCCCGGAGCCAAACCCCACAAGUGUCUGGUCUGCGGGAAGGGGUUCAACGACGAGGGCAUCUUCAUGCAGCAUCAGAGGAUCCAUAUUGGCGAAAACCCCUACAAAAAUUCGGACGGCCUCCCCGCCCACCCCGCCCCCAAGCCGCCUCAGUUCCGAUCCCCCAGGCUUCCUUUUGGAGGGAAUUCCUUUCCCGGUGCUGCAGAGGGCAGAGCCGACCCGCCCGGACAGCCCUUUAAAAUGCCCGACGGGCAGGAGAGCUUCAGCCACAGGCUGGGUCUGUCCUCCUCCAAGUCCUACAUCUGUUCGCACUGUGGCGAGAGCUUUCUGGAUCGCUCGGUGCUCCUCCAGCAUCAGGUCACCCACGGCAGCGAAAAGCCCUUUCUCUUUCCCGAUUAUCGGAUUGGCCUUGGGGAAGGGGCAGGGCCCAGUCCCUUCCUCAGUGGAAAGCCCUUUAAAUGCCCCGAAUGCAAAAAAAGCUUUGCCCUUAGCUCAGAGCUGCUGCUGCACCAGAAAGUCCAUGCCGGCGGGAAAGCCCAGAAGAGUCCAGAGCUGGGGAAGAGCUCCUCCGUCCUCCUGGAGCACCUCAGGAGCCCCCUGGGGGCCAGACCCUACAGCUGCUCAGAUUGUGGGGCCUCCUUCCUGGAUCGCCUGGCUCUCAUCCGGCACCAGGAGACCCAUGCCCGAGAAAAGUCCCCCACACCCGAGGACCCCCUCCCAGAGCCAGCCACCCUGUCCACAAGCCAGGAAGGUGAGGGAGAGGCCCCCGCACCCACAGAGAGCAGCAGCCAUGAGGAAGGGGGAAGCCCCAAAACCAGCUUGGAAGAAAAGCCCUAUUUGUGCCCCGAGUGUGGAGAUGGCUUCACAGAAGUCUCAGCCCUCCUCCUCCAUAGGAGCUGCCACCCCGGGGUCACCCUGUGA